UCAGCUGCCAUUCAUUGUCGUGUGACGUCACCCUCCUCUCGCAAGAACUCAGCACUUGUUCAUCGUUUACAUUCGUUCUGUACGACAGCGAGUCCUUGUACACUGAGUUGCACAUAUGAAGUCCCCCUGCAGCACAGCUAGCAUGGGAACCCAAAGAAAGGACAGCUUCCUCUGGGGGAAAGCACCUUUAGCUUUCAAUACAAAUGACAAGAAGCAAUCUGAUGUCCACAAGCAUGCGAUUCUAGAUGAUAUUCAGAAACUAAGGCUGGAGAUUGAAAGCAUGAUGACAGAAAUUCAAACGAUGGAGGCCGAUGAUGAGAAUAAAAAUGUUAUGAAGAACAAGAGAAUCCAGUGUGGAAAAAAGAAGUUUAACAUGGACCCAAAGAAGGGUAUCCAGUACCUGGUGGAUAAUGACCUGUUGGAGUGGAUUCCAGAGGCUGUGGCUGAGUUCCUUUACAAAGAGGAAGGCCUCAAUAAAACAGCUAUUGGUGAUUUCUUAGGAGAAAGGGAGGAGAUCCACCUUCAGAUCUUGCAGGCUUUUGUUCACCUUCACGAGUUCUCAAAUCUUAAUCUAGUUCAGGCUUUGAGGCAGUUCUUGUGGAGUUUCCGUCUACCUGGUGAAGCUCAGAAGAUCGACCGCAUGAUGGAGGCCUUCGCUCUGCGCUACUGCACCUGUAACGCUGGGGUUUUUCAGUCCACAGACACCUGUUACAUCCUUUCCUUCGCUAUCAUCAUGCUCAACACAAGUUUGCACAACCCCAAUGUGAAAGACAAGACCACACUAGAACGUUUCAUCAUCAUGAACAGAGGAAUUAACAAUGGAGGAGAUCUUCCCUAUGAACUACUCGAGAAACUUUAUGAGAGCAUUAAGAACGAACCCUUUAAGAUCCCAGAAGAUGACGGCAAUGAUCUCACGCACACGUUCUUCAAUCCUGAUCGAGAGGGCUGGCUUCUAAAAGAAGGUGGCAGAAUAAAGACCUGGAAGAGGAGGUGGUUCAUUUUGACUGAUAGCUGCCUUUACUAUUUCCAAUACACCACUGACCAAGAACCAAAAGGCAUCAUUCCCCUUGAGAACUUAUGUGUGAACGAGGUGGAGGACGGACACAAACGGUUCUGUUUAGAGUUGUUUUGCCCUCAUCGCAAAGGAGAGACGAUAAAGGCAUGUAAAACAGAGACAGAUGGGAGAGUUGUGAUGGGCAAACAUCACUCCUACAGACUCCGUGCUGCAUCUGAAGAGGAACGUACAGACUGGAUCCAGGCCAUCAGAGCUUGUAUCACAAAAGACCCUUUCUAUGACCUGGUAUCUGCACGCAAGAAGAAGAUCAUCAGCCACACCGAGCAACGCGAUUAAACAGCUGACAGAUUAUGAACUGAGGAGAUCUGAUCUUUCUAAACAGUUGCACAUAGACUGAAGUACCAACAUUAGGCAAUGGGACGUUCAUGGGUACACUGGACUAACGGAAAAGAUGAAUGAGGUUCUAAGGGUGCUGAUUGUCAGGCCUCGCUCUCACCACACAAAGGUCACCGCUGCUACAUAUGCAGCCUCAGGGUUCACUCAAACAGCAGUGUUGUGCUCAGGCGUUACGUCAAAAAAUAUUUUCCUAUUUAUUUAAAGCUUGUGAGAAAUCUUGGAAUGAUCGCAGUUUCUUGUAUUGGUAAAAUACUGUAAAAAAA